GAGAGAGAGAGAGAGAGAGAGAGAGAGAGAGAGAGAGAGAGAGAGAGAGAGAGAGAGAGACUCAACAUGGCGUCGGAGCAGGAAUUCCCAAAUGCACCAGUGAAGAAAUCCAUGAGAGAGAAGUCUAUUGAGUGUAGAUCAGUUAAUAAAGAGCACAACAGUAAUUUUAAGGCUGGAUAUGUUCCGAUUGAGGAGGAGAGACUCCACAAAACAGGACUGAGGGGUCGCAAGGGCAUCAUUGCCAUUGCCAUUAUCAUCCUACUUUUUCUGCUUGCACUCAUCAACCUCAUUAUAACUCUGGUGAUAUGGACAGUGAUACAGAUAGGUCCUGGAGGUUGUGAAAGUAUGGAGUUUCAUGAGAGUGGACUGCUACGCUUCAAACAGAAGGCUGAUAUGGGCGUGGUCCACCCAUUACACAAGAGCACAGUGGGCGGCAGGAAGGACCAGGACCUUGUCAUUACUGGCAACAGUAACCCAGUGGUGUUCCAGCAGGGCAACACCAAGCUGAGCGUAGAGGAAGAUAAGACGUCUAUCGUCAGCGACUUAGGCAUCUCCUUUACUGACCCUCGCACUCAAACGACUUUCUUCAGCACUGACUUUGACAACCAUGAGUUCCACCUGCCCAAAGAGGUCAAGGUUCUCAGUGUGAAGAAAGCCUCUACUGAGAGAAUCACAAGCAAUGCAUCAUCUGACCUCACUAUCAAAGGAGAUGGUAAGGCUAUUAUCCGUGGCAACGAGGGCGUUUACAUCUUGGGCAAAACCGUGGAGUUCAGCAUGGGUGGGGACAUUGAGCUAAAAGCGGAAAACAGCAUUAUUCUAAAUGGCUCAGUGAUGUUCAGUCCUUCACGAAUACCAAACUCCACUUUAGGGGGAAACCUGUACUUCAAUGAGGGGCUGGAGAGGUAUAAACUUUGCAUGUGUGCAGAUGGCACACUGUUCAGAGUGCAGGUCAAAUACUCCAACAUGGGCUGCCAAACAUCCGACAAUCCGUGUGGAGCAGCACACUAAUGAAAGAGAAAGGAAAUCCACUGGAAAACACAUACACAUGCUUAUUAAUGCUUGUGAAUAUUUAGUGUGAACUGCCAAAAUUUACAAAGAUGGUAAUAUAUAUGGUAAUAUUUUUUUUUUUCCUAGAAACUGGACAAUAAUUAUUAGUGUAUACACGCAAUACACAAAAAACACACUACCCUGCCUAACACUCCCACCCAAUAGGACAGUUUCCUCUACACUCCCACUCAGCUUUAUUAGAGGUCUAAGAACACACACACAUACCUCUAUGAUGAUGAUCGCUCCCUUAUAACCAUAAAUCCGACCCAGCACAAACAGUACCAUUUUCUUUUAUGGCUGAGAGCUCUCUGUGCAUUGUCAUUGGUUCACCUCUAUGUUAUGCAGCCUUUAAGCUACCUACUGUCAGUCUUCACUGCAUGUGCUUUAUAUAUUGUAUCGUAGCAGAGUAAUUGAGUUCAGUUUUUUCACUCUUUUACUACCCCCUCCUGUCAUUAAUAACUAUCAAAUUGGGACAUAAAAAGAGGGGUGUUGUUUGACUGAUACAAGUGUUAAAAUAGUAUGUGUCAUAAACUUUUGCAUUGUUCUACAUGGCCAGUGGGGCUUUAGAAGACUUUUAAGAGGUGAUUUAAAGUGGCUAAUUUUAUUAAACAGCUUUCCCAAUUGCCUUCUCAGAGCGCAGUGGACUAAAGUCUGUAAAGUUGCUUUGCAAUGAUUUGUAUUGUAAAAAGCGCUAUACAAAUAAACUUGAAUUGAAUUAAAGUGAAAAUACUAAUGACAUGUUCAGAGGUGUUUACUAGUAUAUCUUUUGAUAAGUAAAAAAAAGGAAACUUCUAUGAUACUGUAUAUAAUUGAUUUACCUGAGUGUGAUAUUUUGUGCAAUAUAACCUUCUUGACCUGGUUUGUCUUGGUAUAUGUGUGGUAUUUAUUGUUGUUUCUGAACACAGUAUUAUUGUGAUGUCCAAACUAAAAAUCUUUUCUGUUCUGAGACUGUCAGAUGUGACUUUCUUUUUAACCCUAUAAUGGAUUAAUCUGUUAACCUGAAACCAUCUGAUCAUCUAUGUUUUUAGAUCUUUUAUGGUUUAAGGUCUUUUCAAUAUUGUCAGAAGGGAAGUCACAAAUAUUUUGAAUGAAGAGGAAAAUAAAUGCUUCCAUAUUGCA